UCGUUCAUUUUAAUCACUUCUCGGCAGAUCUGUGAACGACUCCGUGACGACAAAACCUGCAAGAUCGUGCAUGAUCCCACGAUGCAUGAGCCUUAUUUCUACUGUACCAGCGACAAGAUUUGGUGUGGCUUUGAUGACGCAGAUUCUGUGUACCUUAAGGCCCGCUACGCAAGGAACAUGGGCCUGGCUGGUGUCAUGGCAUGGACGAUCGACACAGACGAUUUUAAACCAAAUUGCUACAGCGAGAAAUUCCAUAUCAUUGAGACUAUGAAGCGCGCAAUUGCUGAAGAACCUGGUAAUGAUACUGUGGUCUGUGUUGACUACUUUGGGAGCACUACAGAAGAACCUACAACCACAGAAGAACCAACAACCACAGAAGAACCCACAACCACAGAAGAACCCACAACCCCAACACCCGAACCCACAACCCCAACACCCGAACCUACAACCACAACCCCCACACCCUCACCUACACCUACAGCUGUCCCCACAAUCACAACUCUCCGGCCCGUAUCUACAACCCGGAACCCGGCUCUGAGACCCGACUGCACGAACCACGCUGACGGCACGACUUUCACACAUGAGGAUUGCAAUAAGUAUUGGGUGUGCAUCAAUGGCUAUGGUGUCCUGGAGAUGUGUGCUCCGGGAACUCUCUUCGACCCUAGCCUGAGUUCUUGCAACUGGGAAAACGCAGUCGAUACGUCCUCUUGCAACCUGUGGAUCUGCGAGGUUGAUAACACGUACUACCCGCACGCAGACUGCGAUAAGUAUUACUGGUGCUACAAUGGAGAGCCUCACGUGGAAGUGUGUCCGAACGGUCUCUUCUGGAACCAGUUCAUCCUCCAGUGUGAUAAUCCCGUUAAUGUGGCACUUCUUCAUGUAAUGUUCCUAAUAAGCUGUUUGGUUUGUUUAUUUUUUGCUUUUUUACUUUUUUUCUUUUUUUUAAUAAAGUCUUCUGUGACAUCAGAAGCUAGGGAACGGAGACGUUUCCUCGCAGUCUCUCAGUUUUUGUAUUUUGUUUCACCUUUCUGUGAACGGAUUAAAAUAUUUUGUUAUUCGAAGCUUUGCGUUUUUUCUUAUUUGCUUUCGUUUCGUUUUCUGUUUGUUUGUGUUUCUAAUCCUGCUAUACACUGUCAAUUGAUCCCCUAUGCACAUCUGUGGCAGUUUUAUACCUGAAUUCAAUAAAAUGAUAAUACA